GGUUUGACACCUCUAUUCGGCAGACGCGCGUCUUUUUUUUCGAGUGGGUUUUGCAGCAUUCUAAGUGAACGUACCCCUAAAUCAAUUACAAAUUCAAGAAAAAACACGUUUUUGAGCAGACAUCAUAGAAAUCUGACAUGGAGCGACGCCUGAGACGCCCGCGUCGCGAUGAGACUGCAGCAGCCCCUCUCGCCACCACACAGCCCAGCCUUUUGCCCGUUACCAGGCGGGCUGGCUCACUGGCAGCUGCAGCCGCUAGUGGCCCGGCGACACGGACACGUGUCUCGCCCUCGCGCAACAAGGCCGUCCAACCGGCCCCAGAAGUGGACGUGGGUCCGCGCACAAGGCGCUCCAGCCGUCCUCGCUCCUCGAUCGGACCGAUAACUUCAUCUCUGCCCGUCAAGACGUCGGUUAAAGCGCCAACACCCAUCAGAGAGGUCCCUGAGGUAUCAACGCCUGUGCGGCAAGCGACCAGCAAUUUGCCCAUGACCCUCACCACCAACACCACCAGCCGGGCACCCAACAAAUCCUUCAACACCAGCUCCGUGAAUAGCAGCGCGGUGAACACAUACAGCAGCAGCAGCACAGUCACUGAACACAUUGAGAUACGCACCGAAGGCGAGGGCCAAGUGGACAUCGAUGCUAUACGCAAACGGCUCACAGAGAGAUUAAGGCGAUCCGUGUCGAAGACCUUUUCGAAUUUGGGCGGAACCAAAGCGACCAACACGGAGGAUGGCGGCAGUCGCUACAGUAGAAGUUUGUCGCGAUCGGUGUACGAGGAUGAAAAGUCGUCGAAGCGAAGCUACUCAACGGGCGAGGAGGACCUGUACGAGGAGGAUGAACUGGAGGAGGAUGAGUUCCGCAGCUUCAAUGCCACACUUCAGUCGUCCAAUCUGGGCGAGACCUCGUGUCGCCAGAUGAAGUCUCCUGAGGAGUUUGGCGGCAGGCUGGGAGCCUUCCUUCUGUUGCUUUUGGUGCCCUUUUGUGUCUACUAUCUCACCUGGAGCUGCGCGGUGCGCAACAGUUGCCAAUUCAAGAAUGUGAAUCUAGCGGUUCUGUUCGACUGGAAAUAUCUGGCAAGCCAGGUGUUCCAAAUCCGAGUGGUGGGAUCCUUUGUGGCAUACCAAGUGGCUGUUUUCCUGCUGGUGGCCCUGCUGCCAGGACGCCGCGUACAUCUCACCCGGGAAACCUACACAUUCAACUCUUUAGCCGUGGCUAUGGUUUUGAUCGUCGCCGGUGGCUAUGCCGAGUAUAAGAAGUAUGCCGUCGUCAGCUAUAUAUUGCGCCACUAUCUGCGCUUCUGCAUCUUUGGGAUUGUGAGUGCUUUCGUUGCGGCUGCUUGGAGCUAUUGGCGCGUGGACACCGCCAAGUACAAUGUGCUCAGGCACAAUGUGUCGAACGAAUACGGCCGCACCGGGAGCUUUGUGGUGGAUUUUGCCCUCGGCAGGCAGCUGAACCCCAAGUGGAUGGGAGAAGUGGACUGGAAGCAAUUCUACUAUCGUCUCUCCUUGAUUAGCACCCUUCUGUAUGCGACAUGCUACAUCUACCAGACCCUGCAGUGGCCCAAGCCACAUCCGAUGUCGGACGGAAUAACCCUGGCGCGCUAUUACAUAAAAAAUACCCACUACGAUCCGGGAACAUUGCUCUCGGCUAGCUGCCUGUUGCUCUACGUACUCGACGCGAUUGUCUUCGAGCAUCAUAUGAGUUCGUCCUUCGAGCUGCAGUACGAGGGCUACGGUGCUCUCCUGCUGCUGCGCUAUGCGGCCACUCCCUACCUGUUGACCGCCGUGACAAAAUACUUCUACGAUCAGCGUGUGCCCAUUACCUGCUGGUAUGCCCCCAUCGGAGUGGUCUCCCUGCUGUUGCUCGGCCUCUGUGUGAAGCGCUUCAGCAGUGCCUACAAGUACAAGUACAGGCUCAACCCGCAGAACUCCAUCUUUGCCAAUAUCGAGACGAUUCACACCUUCCAGGGCAAUCGCAUCCUGCUGACCGGCCUCUGGGGUCAUGUGCGUCAGCCCAACUACUUGGGCGACAUCAUUGCAUUGGUGGCUCUGGCAACACCAAUGGCGCUGCGACUGGCCUGGCCCCCAGUGCUGGGGCUGGGACUGCUCGUCCUGGUGCUGCUGCAUCGCACCACGCGCUCGAAUGCCCGCAACCAUGCGCGCUAUCACUCCGCAUGGAAUCGCUACUGCGCCCGGGUGCGGUACUCCAUUCUGCCGAAGGUCUUCUAAGAGAUCACACAUAAUAUAGUUUAUUUUCAGUUUGUUUUUUUAAUUUCUGUAAUCAUUUCGUUUUUAGUUCAGUUUACCCUUUUGUGUUUCGAAUUGUAUAUAUCAAUACUCGUGUAUCCAUUACUGACAACACCAUCAUCUCUCAUUGAUUUUAGUACAAAAUUUGAUUUUUAGUCUCACCAACGCACAACCAACGGACAUUUAACAACAACUACUUUUAAUCUACACUUAAUUAAGCUCAGUUAAACCCACAUAGUUGUGGCUAUAGGAACAUCUGUCUGUAUGAUAGGCUAUACGCUUAAGAUUUAGACACCAUAAAUAUUGAUUACUCUCUGUAUAAUACAUACUUACAGAUAUAGGAAUUACUUUAUAUAUUUAAAUAUCAAUUAAAUAAAUGCUUAGUUUCUAUACUAUAAAGAAACGCAG